AUUAUCCAUCCCCAUAGGCUGAUUCUGUCCCUGAGCCGCAUAGAGAGGGCAUAGGCAAGGAAAGAUGGAGGUUGCGGCUGUGGCCGCGCAGCUGAAUUGUGCUGCUGGAUCAUACAAGGCUAUGGAAAUAAGAUGGGCAACCUCAAAAGAUUAUCAGAAGAGAGUAUCAUCGAAGUUAAAAUCUAGAAGAAUUCCCAUUUUCAUAUCCACAAAUCCGUCGGACUUAAACCCUCGGGAUCUAAAAGAACUGUGCAUUACCUGCAAUCACUCGUUCCACCGUUUUCCAACGCUCGACCAUAAUGGAAAGUUGGUAGAAGCAGUUGAUUUGCAGAAGCUUCGCGUUGCUCUCUCUCACAGCUCGGUUCUCGUCUCUGUCUUCUGCAAUUUACAGGAUGCAAGUGUUGAUGAUAACCAGCCUGAAGAGCACCCUCUUGCUUCUCCUCUGAUGGGUUUAAGAGAUUUGUUGCGGACUUUGCCUCUUCCUGCUGUCUCUCCCUCCAACAGCCAAUUAGUGGGCUUUGGUCGCGCUGUUUCUGAUUUCGGAUUGACUGCUUCCAUCUACGAUGUCAUGGUUGUACCUUCACUACGGAGAAUGGGAAUUGGGAAGAUGAUAGUUAAAAGAAUUAUAAGAAUGCUCACAAACAAAGAAAUUUAUGAUAUUGCAGCCAUUUGCUCCGCCAAUGAGAGGUUGUUCUUCAAAGCAUGUGGUUUUGGAGAUGAUAUAUUGGGUUCCACAACAAUGAUGUAUACAAGGAGCGUUUCGACUUAUCCUCAAAGUGACCAGAUGGCUAAACGUGCAGGUCGAAAACUUUUGAUAUUACCACCAGUCAGAAAAGCACCAUGAUCCUUUGAAGACUAUCCAGUUGUAGAGUUGAGCCACUAUGAACCCUAAAUUGAAGUGCUAGUAUCCAGAGGACAGAAGAGAAAGCAAGUUCAAAUUUCAUCCCCAAGUUGUGGAAUAGCUGUUGAAACAGUAUCUGAAGAAAGAGGAAAGUAAACAGAGGGUGGACUUCUGAUUUUAUUGAAAAUGUGGCAACUUUAGCUGCUUGUGAUUUGCAUCCUUGUAAUGAUAUCAAAUGCAUAUAUCAAUAUAGUUCCUUAAUUAUUGUA